CCACAGGUUCCAAAUGUGCCCUUUUCUUACUCCAGAGGCCAUUUGAGUGGUGGUGGGGUGACGGGAAGCUGGGUUUGGGGCUCUGACCCCUGCUGCCUCCUCCCCACCCCACUCAGGCUGACCCCAGCCCACAGCAGGAAGGCCCUGCGGAAUUCCCGUAUUGUCAGCCAGAAGGACUACAUCCACGUCUGCAUCAUGUGCUUGCGUGCCAUCAUGAACUACCAGUCUGGCUUCAGCCUUGUCAUGAACCACCCAGCCUGUGUCAAUGAGAUUGCUCUGAGCCUCAACAACAAGAACCCCCAAACCAAGGCUCUGGUGCUGGAGCUGCUGGCAGCUGUGUGCCUGGUGAGGGGAGGACACGACAUCAUCCUUGCAGCCUUUGACAACUUCAAGGAGGUGUGUGGAGAGCAGCACCGCUUUGAAAAGCUGAUGAAAUAUUUCCGUAACGAGGACAGCAACAUCAACUUCAUGAUGAGCUCAGGGGUGGCCUGCAUGCAAUUCAUCAACAUUGUGGUCCACUUGGUGGAGAACAUGAACUUCCGUGUCUUCCUGCAAUAUGAGUUUACCCACCUUGGCCUGGAUCUAUACUUGGAGAGGCUGUGGCUCACGGAGAGUGACAAGCUGCAGGUGCAGAUUCAGGCAUACCUGGACAAUGUUUUCAAUGUGGGCGCCCUGCUGGAAGACACUGAGACCAAGAAUGCUGUGCUGGAACACAUGGAGGAACUGCAGGAGCAAGUGGCCCUGCUGACAGAGCGGCUACGGGACGUGGAGAACGAAUCCAUGGCCAAGAUCGCGGAGCUGGAAAAGCAGCUAAGCCAGGCCAGAAAGGAGUUGGAGACCCUGCGGGAGCGCUUCAGCGAGUCGACCCCCAUGGGCGCAUCCAGGGGCCCCUCUGAGCCUGAGAAAAUGCCUGCUCCCCACCCGGCGCGACGUUCGGCCCUUGAGCUGAAAAUGGAGGACCUGGAGGAGAAGGGGUUAAUCCGUAUCCUGCGGGGGCCUGAAGAUGCGGUCUCUGUGGCAAAUCCGAGCGGCAGUGUUGCGCCGACUCCGGGGCUGCCUAUGGGCUCCCCGAGCGCAGAUCUCCCACCUGCAGCGGAACCAGUUUCCGGAGCAGCACCUCCACCGCCACCUCCACUGCCCCCACUGCCCAGCCUCUCCAACCAGCAGGAAGCACCGCCCUUGACGCCUCCACUGGUCUCGCCCAUCCCAGGCACCCCGGAUCCGCCGCCCCCACCUCCGCUGCCGGGAGGGGUGCCACCACCCCCGGCGCCGCCCCUGCCACCUUCAGGUGCAGAUGGACCGGUUCCUCCACCGGCCCCACCGCCUCCGGGUGGUCCCUCUGAUGCCCUUGUAGGGCCCGGCCCAGAGAUGGGCCCAGGCGUGAAGGCCAAGAAACCCAUCCAGACCAAGUUCAGAAUGCCACUCUUAAACUGGGUGGCUCUGAAACCCAGCCAGAUCACGGGUACUGUCUUCACUGAGCUCAAUGAUGAGAAGGUGCUACAGGAGCUGGACAUGAGUGACUUUGAAGAGCAAUUCAAGACUAAGUCCCAAGGUCCCAGUCUGGACCUCAACGCUCUUAAGGGUAAGGCAGCCCAGAAGGUCCCCAGCAAGACCACCCUCACUGAGGCCAACCGGGCCAAAAAUCUGGCCAUCAUCCUGCGCAAGGGCAACCUGGGGGCUGACCGCAUCUGCCAAGCUGUUGAUACGUUACAAGGCAAAUGCCAGAACAUGAACAGGAAACUCAGCUCAGAGAACAAACGUCUGGCUGUAAGAGAAUGCCGCAACAUCAGAAACAGCUGAUGACUCUAGAAGAUAAGCUAAAGGCUGAGAUGGAGGAGCAUCGCCUCGGAUUAGAGAAAGAUCUUGAAAGUCACUGUAACAACUUUGCUGCAAAAAUGAAGAAACUUAUCAAGAAACAUCAGGCUGCAAUGGAAAAAGAGGUAGUUGACCAGUAUUACUAAUGUAUUUAUUCUAACUUGUGACUAUUUCAAAAUUAACCAAGAUGGACAUUUUGAUGUUAGGGUAUCUGUUCCCCAGAACUAGCAAAUCAAUUGGGGAAAGGGAGAAAUAUUUAUAUAAUAGGUAAAAUAUCAAGUGCUGAGUCGGGAACCAGUAGAUAUGGAAUUACGUCCUGAUAACUUGAUACUUUUAUCAUGUAACAGUGGUUAAGUCAGGUAGAUCAGAUUAAACAUGAUGAUGUGAGAGGUGAGACAGAGGCCUCCUCCCAAAACCACAUAUAAUACGAAAAUAUAGUUAAUACAACUAACCCUAAAAGAUCAACAGGAAAGAAGGCAGCACCAGACUGCUUACACCU